GGGUGGAACCGAACAAAGGUCCCAGCGAUCCCUCCCUCCUCGCUCCCGGCUGCCCAAGCGCCAGCCCAGGCCCAGCGUGCGCGGGGUUCCUCCGACCCGGCGGGCGCCGGCGGGAGCGCGCGGCUUUGGGGACCGAGCGGCGCGCGCGGGUAAUCUGGAGCCCUCAAAAUGUUUGCAAAAGCAACAAGGAAUUUUCUGAAAGAAGUUGAUGCUGGUGGUAACCUGAUUUCAGUAUCAAACUUGAAUGACUCAGAUAAGUUACAACUUCUAAGUCUGGUGACCAAGAAGAAGAGAUACUGGUGCUGGCAGAGGCCCAAGUACCAGUUUUUGUCUGUCACCCUGGGAGAUGUACUUGUAGAAGACCAAUCAGUGAGCCCAGUGGUCGUGGAGUCGGACUUCGUGAAAUACGAGGGCAAGUUUGCAAACCACGUGAGUGGAGCCAUUGAGACGGUCCUGGGCAAGGUCAAGCUGAACAUUGGAGGCAAAGGCGUGAUGGAGAGCCAGUCUUCCUUUGGAACCCUGAGGAAGCAGGAGGUGGACCUGCAGCAGCUCAUCAGGGACUCCAUAGAGAGGAGGAUAAAUCUGAAGGGCCCCUUGCUGCAGCAGGUGCUGGAGAGGAGGAAUGAGGUCUUGUGUGUGCUGACGCAGAAGAUCGUGACCACACAGAAGUGUGUGAUAUCUGAGCACGUUCAGAUCGAGGAGAAGUGUGGUGGCAUGGUGGGGAUUCAAACCAAGAUCGUGCAGGUGUCAGCGAUGGAGAAUGGGAAUGUCAUCCAGGACUCUAGCGUGGUGUUGGAGAUCCCAGCUGCCACUACCAUCGCCUACGGCAUCAUCGAGUUAUACGUGAAACAGGAUGGGCAGUUUGAGUUCUGCCUCCUCCAAGAGAAGCAUGGUGGCUUUGAGCAUGAAAGCAGAGUCAAUUUUGUCUUCCCGGACCCCCUGGCCUAUCGAGACUUUGCGUUCAUGGAUGUGCCGGAUGGUGGUGAGCACAAGACAUCUUCCAAGGAUGGGCUGCUACAUAUUUUAAAACAAGUGACCCUGCUGGAGAGGAAUUUCCAUCCCUUCACGGAACUGUCUGAGCAGCAGCAGGUGGCUUUGCACCACCUCCUGCAGGUGGUCCUGUUCGAUGAGGAAUUCCUUGUGGCCCUGGAGCAAGUGUGUGACGACAUGCUUGGUGGCCUCUGGUCCCCACAGGCCACACUGGUGAUGGGUGAGCUGAAGCCCCCUCAGCUUCAGGACCUGACUGCCUUUCUGCAGCUAGUGGGGUGCACGGUGCAGGGUGAGCAUCCUGGCCCUCAGGAUGAGGUCAGCAACCAGAAGCUCUUUGCAACAGCCUACUUCCUGGUCAGUGCCCUAUCAGAAAUGCCAGAUAAUGCCACAGCUCUUCUGGGCACUUGCUGCAAACUCCAGAUUAUUCCCACCCUGUGCUACUUGCUCCACACUCUGUCUGACAACGGGGUCUCUGACCUGGAAGACCCAGUCUUGGCUCCCCUGAAAGACACUGAGAAGUUUGGGAUUGUGCAGUGUUUGUUUGCCUCUUGUGAUAUCAGCUUGGAGAGACUGCAGUCAUCUGUGAAAGCUGUCAUAUUGUCGGAUUCUCACAUCUUCCCACUGAUUCUUUCUAUUACUCUGAGUGGACUCCAUGCACUAGGCAGAGAACAUCAGUAAUGUCAUUUGUCAGUCAGAAGUACGUUAUUGGCUAAGGCUGGGCGUUUUUCAAAACUGUUAAGAUACUACUUUGGGAUUUAGUCCAA